AUGAGUAAGAGGUCCCAUAAAGAAUUGCUUCAAGAAACCGACAAACUUGCAGAAGCUGUAGAACAUAUUUCACUUGGCUCCAGACCUUUCUUUCGUAAACGACUAGAAAACUUCUACUUCACGCCAAAUCACUCCAAAGACCAAAUAAAGUCUAAGAAAUCAAACAUGAAAAAAUCGAGAAAUGAGUUGCUACGAAACUUCCUAAAUUUCUGGAACCCGAAGAAAAAGGCACUUCACAAGCCAAAAAGAUUCAGAGAAACCAGAAAAGUAUUUCAAGAAGUCAACGCCAUGACGGAACAAGAGGUAAAAAUUCACCCAAGAGAAAUGGGUUUAAAGAAAUUCGCAAAGAUAUUAUUGGAGAGAGCUCAGCGCCAUUUUGAAGCUUUGGAGCCAUUGUCCCCUGAAGAAGAUCUGGCCUUUGAGAACGAAAUAGAUAAAAAGCUUGAAACUCCAAGUCGGUAUCCUAAAAGGAAUGUGAAACAAAAAUCCUACAAAGAAGAGGACGUCUCUAGUGAUGACGAGUUCUUGUAUUGUGACUUUUGUGACUGUGACUAUAAAGGUGCUUGUCCAAAACACGGCCCUAUGCUUUGGGUAUGUGAUAGAAGAGUUCCCAAAAAUACACCAGAUAGAGCAGACCUGACAAUUCCAAGUUUUCUCUCUAUUGGAAUAUCGAGCAUUCCCAAAGCAGGACUUGGAAUAUGGACUGAAAUACCAUUGCCGAUUGGCACAGUUUUUGGACCUUACAAAGGGAAAAUUAUAAAAACACAGAAAGAGGCUGAAAAAUCUGGUUAUGCUUGGAUGAUAUGGAAGGGAGGAAAAGUGGAUCAUUUUAUUGAGGGAUUCAAAAAGGAUAUUUCCAAUUGGUUGAGAUUCGUGAAUUGUGCUGAUAAGGAAGAGAAACAGAAUUUAGUGGCAAUCCAGUACAAGAAGCAAAUCUAUUACAAGACAUACAGAGAAGUGUUACCAUUUCAAGAGCUUCUGGUGUGGUAUGGAGGAAAAUAUGCCUCCGAUCUUGGAAUAAACUUGAAAAGGGAGACAGAAACCACCCAACCAAGUAUAAAUAAUAAAAUCUAUGCCUUAAUAAUCGUUAAAGUUUCGAUGCUCCUUUUGGAUGUAAAAGGUGUUGCAUGCGAUGUCUGCAGUUCAUUGUUUACAUCCGUGGAUGCCAUGGAGCGACACAGGAGGAAACAUCCCCAUCAGGGACACGAUCGAAGGCACCGAUGUCCCCACUGCGUCUACUCCACCAACCACUCAGGUGAUCUCCGACGUCACCUCACUACUCACACGGGUGAGAGGAGCAACGGAUGUCCCCACUGCCUCAAGACAUUCACUCAAGAAGGAUAUCUCAAGACGCACCUGAAGAUCCACAGUGGAGAGAGACCCUUCUCUUGUGGAGUGUGUGGGAGAGACUUCACUCGGAUAGGAGACUUGGAGACACACGAGAGAAGUCACAGCGGCAUCAGACCUUACAGAUGUUCCACCUGCGGAAGAGAUUUCACCCGAUCUUCAGAUCUUCACAAACACAUAAGAAUCCACACACUGCAGAGACCCUACAAGUGCUCCGCCUGCCAAUACAGGGCCACACAGUAUUCUACUCUUAAUAGGCACAUUAUUCUGAAACACUCAAAACAGUUCCCCCACAAGUGUCACCUGUGUGAAAGAGGUUUUGUUCAACAGAGUCAUCUUAAACGACACAAAGACCGCAUACAUCCUCAAUACAAGUAA